AUGCCAUUCCAAUGGAACCACCGCAUGGCAUCGCUCCGUGUCGCUGGUGGUCAUGGCCGGCAGACGUCGUGCUUGGACGCGCAGCAGAUCCAGCGCGUCAACCAGCAAGCCGAGGUUCUCUUCGGCAAGGAGCACGUCCUGGAGCCCAACUUUGCUGCACCGAUGCCGGUCCCCGAAGUGUACGAGCACCCCGACGAGGAGGAGCUCCUUGGUGUCGAGUACGCCAUGUGCCAGUCCACCAGCUUCACUCCGAGGGACUACUACGUGCAGAAAGUUGAGGAAGAGCAGUCGCGUGAGGAAGAGGAGGAGGAGGAAGAGUCAACAGAGCAGGGAGACGACGAGACGGCGGACGAGGGUCUCGGCAUGUCUUCUGAUCCAGAGGAGGACCCGAUAGACAGAGUCUGUGGGAAGCACGUCGUCCUCACCCAGGCAGAACAGGCGGAAGAGAAGGACAGUCCUGCCCUACAAGACGUGCUGAUGAGCCAUCGACAUCUGCAUCUGCCAGGUAUAGAGGAAGUCGAAGCACUGGCCUUGCUCCUCCUGGAACUGGCCGACAACAGCGACCACCACCUAGUGCCGGCUGACCUCAGGCAGAAGAUCGCCGCCGCCGCCAGCUCUCUCCACGACCACGACAAGACCGCCGCCCGCUUCGUCAAGCGAUACGAGUCCAGGUGGGGCUACACUUUGUUCGGUCGGUGCCUUGGGGCGGACUCUCCCGAGACCAGAGCAGCCCAGAAAACAAAGUUUGGCUGCAUGAGGUACGCUCAGGCGGCACAGGUGACCGAGGACAGUCGCCUGCUCUACCUCCUCCUCAAGAUGCUGAAGAACCGAGCGCCGACCAAUCAGCUCACCUCCCCCAGCAAGAUCACGGCUUCUUUGAAGGGACAGUAUAAGAGGAUUGCAGACCGAGUCCGAGACGACCCCAUCCUCGGCAGUCUCGCCAUUCCACUGCCCAACUUGAACGCCAAGUCCAUCUCGACCUUCACUGCCAGGGAGGAGAAAAAGGCCAACUACGGGGCGACUGUAGUGCCGAAGGUGACGCCUCACCUGAAAGUGCUGUCAGCUGUCACAGCCUGUGCCUCCUGUGAACCGGCCCGUUCAGCCCACGGCGUCAUCCUCCUUCACUCGGCCAAAGCCUGCUGA